AUUUAGUUCAUGCAGUACAAAUGAAAGAACAAAAAGCAGAAAGCUUAGAACAAAUAUUUAACGAAUUAGCAAGGUUUUUGGAAGACAAUUGCAAAGAAUAUUUCGCGAAACAAUUUGAAUUCGCAUCAGCACCAUAUAUAAGGGUCAUUUGGGAGUAUUGA